GGGAGAGGAGGUACGCCAGCCUGCAUGGCCUACACACUGGGCUCGGGGCCUGACGCUGGCCCUGUCGCUGGUCCUCAGCGAUGCGUUACCAAGGUGGAGCUCUCUGUGUGCUGUACAAACCUGCUGGAUCGUGACGUCGCCUCCAAGUCUGACCCAUUCUGCGUCCUAUUCCAAGAGGUCGAUGGAAACUGGGUGGAGCUGAGCCGAACAGAGACCGCUGUGAACAACCUGAACCCAGUGUUUGGAGUCAAGUUCCAGGUGGACUAUCACUUCGAAGAGGUCCAGAAGCUUAAGUUUGCCAUGUUCGAUGAGGACAAGUGUAGCAGCCAGCUGUAUGAGCAUGACUUUCUGGGAGAGUUUGUCUGCACGCUAGGAGUGAUUGUGUCCAAUAAAAAGCUUUCUCGCACUCUUACCUUGGGCAAUGGCAAGCCAGCAGGGAAGGGAGCCAUCACAAUAACAGCCCAAGAGCUAUCCGACAACAGAAUAAUCACCCUAUCCAUGUGUGGAAGAAAGCUGGAUAAAAAAGACUUUUUCGGUAAAUCAGAUCCUUACUUGGAGUUUCACAAACAAGGAGAAGAUGGGAAAUGGAUGCUGGUUCACAGAACAGAGGUAAUUAAAAACACUCUGGAUCCUGUAUGGAAGCCUUUCACAGUUCCACUCAUCUCUCUGUGCAAUGGUGAUGUGGACAGAAACAUUAAGGUGAUAUGCUACGAUUAUGACAAUGAUGGGGGUCAUGACUUCAUAGGAGAAUUUCUGACCACAGUUACCAAGUUGAGUGAAGCACAGAACUCAGUAGAGGUGGAGUUUGACUGCAUUAAUCCUAAAAAACAAAAGAAGAAAAAGAACUACACUAACUCUGGGGUCAUCAUUUUGAGGUCAUGCAAGAUUACAAGGGAUUACUCAUUCUUGGACUACAUCCUGGGUGGCCUUCAGCUCAUGUUUACUGUUGGCAUUGACUUCACAGCUUCCAAUGGGAACCCUAGGGAGCAGUCGUCCCUCCACUACAUCAACCCGAUGGGCACCAAUGAGUAUCUCUCUGCCAUCUGGGCUGUGGGACAGAUUAUCCAGGACUAUGACACAGACAAAAGAUUUCCAGCGCUUGGCUUCGGGGCUCAGCUCCCACCAGACUGGAAGGUGUCCCAUGAAUUUGCUAUCAACUUUGACCCUACCAACCCAUUUUGUGCAGGCGUUGAGGGCAUCGUUAAAGCAUACUCCACAUGCUUACCUCACAUCCGCUUUUAUGGCCCAACCAACUUUGCCCCGAUCAUCAACCAUGUGGCACGCUUCGCCUCACAGGCACUGCAGCAGGACACAGCAGCACAAUACUUCACGUUGCUGAUAAUUACUGACGGUGUGAUCAGCGACAUGGAUGAGACCCGCCACGCUAUCGUGCAAGCUGCCAAACUGCCCAUGUCCAUUAUUAUAAUUGGCGUGGGCAACGCUGACUUUGCAGCGAUGGAGUUUCUGGAUGGAGACAGCAGCGUACUGCGGUCCUACACGGGAGAGGAGGCUGUCCGGGACAUAGUGCAGUUUGUACCGUUCAGGGACUUCCGCAACGCGCCGAAAGAAACUUUAGCCAAAUCAGUUCUGGCCGAGCUGCCUCAACAGGUCACCCAGUACUUCAAACAGAGGAACCUGUCGCCUAGAAACACGGUGCCUGAGUGAAAGAUUGAGGCUGGGAGUUCACACUGCAUGUUGCCAAAAUUUACUGUUUACAAAAAGAUUCCUUAACAAGUCUGAAGGACA